CAAAGUUGACAUUUCAUUUUGAUGACCGCUCCGCUUAUCGGACAUAACCUAUUAUUUUGCGGUUUUUGCUAAAGAUAUUGUUUAAAAUAGAUAGUUACAUUGUGUACCAACACUAAGAAACUCGUUUAUUACACGUUUGUUAUUACAGAGAAUCACAAUGGGUGUAUCAGAAGAGACAAAGAUGGCAGCCGAAGGUGACAAUGCCAGCAAGAAGGCAGCAAAGAAGGCCGCCAAGGCCGCUGAGAAACAACAGAAGAAAGCGGAACACAAGGCAGCAUCAGGCCAAGCUGCACCAGAAGCCACCGAGGAGCCGGAUGUAUCCCUCGGCAUGUAUGGCACCUACAAGAUGAUCCAGUCUUCCGGAGAGAACCGCGGGAGGGUGUACACUGAUGUGAAGGAUCUGUCGCCUGCUCUGGUUGGGCAGACUGUUUGGGUUCGUGCCCGUCUCCAAACCUCGCGUGCUAAAGGCAAGCAGUGCUUCGCGGUGCUGCGUCAGACGUCCAGCACAGUGCAGCUGAUCGCAAGCGUGGACCAGAGCACCAGCAAGCAGAUGGUCAAGUUCAUUGGCAACAUCCCCAAAGAGUCGAUAGUGGAUGUCGAAGGCUCGGUGGUCAAGCCCGUGUCCCCUGUAGCCUCGUGCACGGUACAAGCGGUGGAACUGAGAGCUAAACAACUGUGGGCGGUGUCGGCUGCGCGGGCGCAACUGCCGUUGCUGUUGGAAGACGCGGCUAGGCCUGUUAAUGAGGAAUCAGACGCCGAAGGCCUAAACAUUAGGGUGAAUCAAGACACGCGCCUCGACAACCGGGUCAUUGACCUGCGCACGCCGGCCAAUCAGGCCAUCUUCAGGAUUGAAGCGGCUGUUUGCAGGCUGUUCCGAGACUUGCUCACUAAACAAGGUUUCGUCGAAAUCCACACUCCUAAGAUCAUCCCGGCGGCCUCCGAGGGCGGUGCUAAUGUGUUCACCGUAUCCUACUUCAAGGGAUCAGCGUACUUGGCACAGAGUCCGCAGCUGUACAAGCAGAUGGCCAUAGCCGCCGACUUCGACAAGGUAUUCACAGUGGGCGCAGUAUUCCGUGCAGAAGACUCCAACACGCACCGGCACCUGACUGAGUUCGUGGGGCUGGACCUGGAGAUGGCGUUCAAGUUCCACUACCACGAGGUGCUGGAUGUGAUCGGACAGACCUUCACUGACAUCUUCAGAGGGCUACGGGACCAAUGCGCGGCUGAAAUCGAGGCGGUGCGUCAGCAGUACAAGGUGGAGCCCUUCAAGUUCCUGGACCCGCCGCUCAAGCUGGAGUUCCCGCAGGCUAUAGCCAUGCUGAAGGAAGCCGGAGUAACAAUAGGCGAAGAAGACGACUUAUCGACCCCUGAUGAAAAACUCCUCGGUCGCCUAGUGAAGGCGAAGUACGACACGGACUUCUACAUACUGGACAAGUACCCGCUGGCUGUGAGGCCGUUCUACACCAUGCCCGACCCCAACAACCCGAAAUCAUCCAACUCGUACGACAUGUUCAUGCGCGGGGAGGAGAUCCUGAGCGGCGCGCAGCGCAUCCACGACCCCGACUACCUCACCGAGAGGGCCAAGCACCACGCUAUUGACACCGAGAAAAUUGCUGCCUACAUCGAAGCUUUCCGGCUAGGAUGUCCCCCGCAUGCCGGUGGCGGCAUCGGCAUGGAGCGCGUGGUGAUGCUGUACCUCGGGCUCGACAACAUCCGGAAGACCUCCAUGUUCCCCAGAGACCCUAAGAGGAUCACGCCCUAAGGAUAUGUGCAAGAAAAAUACACAAGCGAGUACUGAA